GAUUCACGAUCUCCUUCACCCCGCAGAGAACAACAACGCAGGCCCCAGUCCAGAUCGAGAUCCAGGUCCAUGCCGAGGGAGAGGUCUAGGUCAAGGUCUUUGCCGAGGGCGAGGUCUAGGUCAAGGUCUUUGCCAAGGCCUAUAUCUCCAUCAAGAGGCCGUGGAAGGUCAAGGUCAAGAAGCCGUGGAAGGUCUGACAUUGAAAACCCUGGUACCACUCUCUAUGUGACUGGACUAUCUACAAGGGUCACUGACAAGGAUCUUGAAGCACAUUUCUCCAAGGAAGGGAAGGUUGCGUCAUGUUUUCUUGUGAUGGAGCCGCGCACCCGCGAGUCUCGUGGUUUCGCCUUUGUUACGAUGGAUAGCCUCAAAGAUGCUGAGCGGUGCAUUAAAUAUCUCAACCAGUCUGUACUAGAAGGCCGAUACAUAACUGUCGAAAGGUCCCGAAGAAAGCGCCCGAGAACUCCCACCCCAGGCCACUAUCUUGGCUUGAAAAACUCCAGAGACAAUGAUUGCUUACUGUUCUGUGAUAUUUUGCUGUUGUGGAAAAAGACCGAGAAGGCCGUAGCAGUCGAGGGAGGCACAACGAUCGUGAUGAUUAUGGACACCGUAGGUCACCAAGACGCGACUAUUCACCUCGCGAUGCAAGGAGGUCACCAAGACGUGACUAUUCACCUCGUGGUGGGAGAAGUUCUAGAAGAGAUCGGUCUUACUCUCCUUAUGGAAGAAGCCCAGAGAGAAGGUCAGAGAGAAGGUAUCAACCUCGUGGCGCGAGAUGACCUCUUUAGCUCUCUUGACAAGUGA